AUGGACGAGAGCCUAUUCUUUGAUGACCCAAGCCCCAAGGAUACCGUCCUGCAGAACAUCAGGAAGAUGAGGCCAGAUGUCUUCAUCCAGAGCAUUUUGAAUAGUUCAUAUGGCUCCUCCUACUUGUCGCGAUUUCGGGAGGCAUUGUCCUAUUACACGGCAAUGUUUGACAUGUUUGAUGCAAUCAUCCCGCGGGAGAGUAAAUCGCGAGUGGUGCUGGAGCAGGACGUUUUUGGACGUUUUGCACUGAAUAUUAUCGCCUGUGAGGGCGCAGACCUGAUCGAGCGCCCUGAGAUGUAUGAACAGUGGCAGGCGAGAAACCAGAGGGCGGGCCUGAGGCAGCUGCCACUGGAACCAGCCAUUGUUAAUGUACUGAAGGACAAGGCGAGGCAGUGCCACCACAAGGACCUUUUGUUUUGUGAAGAUGGCCAACGGCUGCUGCGAGGGUGGAUGGGACGCAUCCUCUGUGCCCAGUCGGCAUGGGUAGCUGAAGAGGCCUCUUAG